CCGCGGUGUGUGGGUUGAGUACCAUACCAUCUCCUCACACAUUCCGGCGUUCUCUGUCACCUUUUUCCAUUCUUCACUUCAAAUAGGAUCGAAGCUUUCGAGCUAGGAUUUCAUCUGGGCUUCGAAUGUAGAGGGAGUUUGCUAUGGCGGAAUUACUAUCACCGACCCCCGGAAAACCCCCAAUCGAGAAUUCGGGUCCCGGGGUUUUGAUCGCCGAUAAUGCGUCGCGUGAUUCGAUAGCUAACACCACCCCGGCCGUCGAGAUCCAGCACGACGAGUCCUCCCUGAAUGCGCCUGGCGGAGGAAGUGUUCCACCGGUGGAGUCGACGGCGGAUGUGGCGAGGGAAAUCGUCGGCGGCUCUGAUGAGCUGGAAUUUCUGAACGCCCUAGAGAGGGAUUUAUGCCAUCUGACGAUUCAGAAGGCUGAAAUCGAGGCGGAGAGUGUGAGGCUGGAAGAAGUUGGUGUGGAGGGAGCGAAGGAUGUCGUGGGAACAGUGGAAAUAGGCGAGUUUCAAGAAGAAGAGGAUGGUAAAAAUGCAGGAAAUGUUGGAGAUGAGAAUAGGUGUGGGUGGGGUUAUGCCGAGAUUGAAGAAAGGACGAAGCCAGAUAAUUUUCUUGAAGAAAAGGGUAGAGAUUAUUCAGUUAGUGUUGAAGAUGAAAAUUGGGAUAGAUGGGGUUUUGGGGAGAAGGUGGAAAUGCUGCAAGUUGAAAAUUUUCAUGAAGAAAAUGGUGGAAGAAAUGCAGCGAAUGUCGAAGAUGAAAAUGGGGUUCGGUUGGGUUAUGUGGAGAAUGAGGGUGUAUUGGUACUAGAUAAUCUUCAUGGAGGAAAAGGUGAAACUAAUGGGAAGAGGUUCGAAAAUGAUUAUGUGGAUGGGUGGGGUUACAUGGAGAAUGAGGGAGCAUGGAAACCUGAUAAUCUUCACGAAGAAAAAGGUCGAGCAAAUGUCGUGAGUGUUGAAGAUCAAAAUGAAGACAGGUGGGGCUUUAUGGAGAAUGAGGAAACAAGGGAACUUGAUAAUCUUCAAGGAAAAAUGGGUGUUGAGGAUCAAAAUGAGAAUAGAUGGUUUGUGGAGAAUGUGGGAUGUAGUCAGGACAAAAAAAUGAAUGGAGGAAGUAGGUCUGGGGAUGCUGUGACAAAGUUCGGAAGAUAUAAUCAAAAUAAUAACAAUAGGAAGAUUAACUAUCCUAUGAGGCCUGAUGCAGAGGAUUGUUCAUAUUAUAUGAAAUCUGGUUCUUGCAAAUUUGGGUCGAGUUGCAAGUUUAACCACCCUCCUAGGAGAAAUACCCAGGUUGUUAAGGAGAGAGCGAAGUAUGGUGGGGAUAACACAGAAAGAGGAGGACAAACUGAAUGCAAGUAUUACCUGGCAUCAGGUGGAUGCAGAUAUGGGGAGAACUGUAGAUUCUCUCAUAAUUCAGACAACAGCUCCAAGUCUCAAAUUCUCGAGUUCAACUUUUUAGGAUUGCCAAUUCGAUCAAACUAUCUUUCACAGUAUGUCCUAGUUACAAAUGGUUGCCUUCUUCAGGGAGAAAAGGAGUGUCCCUUCUACAUGCGAACUGGGACAUGCAAAUAUGCGUCAAACUGCAGGUUUCAUCAUCCUGAACCUACCACAGUGGGUGGAGCUGAUUCAUCCUCUGGAUAUGACAAUGGGGGCUCAAUUCCUUCACAACUGCUUUCUUCUUCGUCUGUGCAAUCUUGGUCUUCACCAAUGGCAGUUAAUGAGGCUUCAUCUUUCAGACCUUCGGUUUUCUCUGGCGGCCAGGGUGCCCCAUCUUCAGAUCCAGAGUGGAGUGGUUACCAGGCUCCAAACUACACCACAUCUAAUAGAAGCUUACCGACACCUCCAGCAUUUGCCUUAAGCAAUUUACCAACCGAGAUCAGCUUUUCCAUGCCACGUCAGCAUGAUGUAGUGCUCGAUGAAUACCCAGAACGUCCGGGUGAACCCGAGUGCAGUUUCUUCAUGAAAAAUGGAGACUGCAAGUUUAAGUCUAAUUGCAAAUUCCAUCACCCAAAAAAUUAUAUACGCAAACCCAAGGCAGAUUCAUGUACUCUCAACGACAAAGGCCUGCCUCUUAGACCUGAUCAGCCCAUCUGUACGCACUAUCACAGGUAUGGCAUUUGCAAGUAUGGGCCUGCUUGUAAAUAUGAUCAUCCAUCAAGUUUUGCCAACUUGCCAAAUGCCAACCCCAUUUGAUCAGAUGCCAUUUACCAACUUGAAGGUCACUGGUGGGUCCCAGUUGAAUUGAGAUAUGAAAUUAGACUCAAUUACAACUAGCUCGAGAUUAAAACCUUUUAUGGAUGUCAAUUGCUCCUAUUUUGGAUGUAAGUAAGCUGGGUUUAAGCCUAAAAUAGUAUAUUCCGGCUAUCUAAGCUUAAAUUUUUUGCGAGUAUUUCCUGCUUUACUUGUUUUUCUGUUGUCGAUAACAAAUGGUGAGAUUGGAUACAUUUACAUUUCAAGAGAUUUUAUUUU